ACGGAGGUCUGUGCAGACAGUCGGCUGCGCUAUGCAACGUAUUUCUUCCUAAUAACCGCUUUUCUACCGUUUAUUUCGGUUAGCAAAGGGUUUACAUCUAAAUUUCUCAGAUUUAACUUUUCUUGGAAUUCAAGAAGACAGCGAUAGACUCAACUGGUUGAAAUUAUUUCGGAAUUACCGUCGAGAAUCGAGUGACGACUGUAAGCCGAAGUUAUUUUAUCCCGGCGAUUACAAAAAGUAAGUGGUGCAGAAUUUCGCAGCCGGUGUAGUCUUUUGAGGUCACACUUCUGCUUCUUCGUAUUCUUCAAUGGCUACCAUGGCAACUUUCCCUCCAGUACAUCAUGCACAUGAAAAUCUGUCCAUCUGCCCUGUACCAAGUGAUAUCCUCGAUAAUGACUUGCAGCACUUGUGGAGCCUAAUGAAUCCUUAUCCUUUAAAUUUUGAAGAAGAAUUUCCCACUGGUCCCUUGGAUUUGUCCAUUUUGUCUGAUAUACCGGACGAAAAUGGCAGCCUUGUUGAUUCAUUAUAUAACCCGCAGACAGAUCUCGGUGCGCAAGUUGGAGUGAAUACUUUCCAAACGCCUCCUACACCAGAACCUGAGCCGGAUUUCGUACAAAAAUUUUCCCCUGCGAUUCAAGCAAUAGCCAGCCAACCACAGCAAAUGCCAUCUCAUGACCUAAAUAUUUUGAAUGAAGGAAAUUUUAAUAGCAAAGAGAGAGAGCCAACACCUCCCAUGGAGAUUCAACAUGGAGAACCCAGAGAUUCGACAGUAAGUGAGAGGAAGGAAAACAACGAGUUGGAACAUAAGAAAAAUCUUCUUCCAAAAGUCGAUCAAAAGCCUGAAAUAAAAACUGAAGAAGAGGAAGAAGAAGAUAACGGAGAAGAUGACCGUCCAGCUCGUCGCUGCCAUACCCGGUACGCUCUUCGCAAUAUCAUUGGAGGUUCAUCCAACAAACAAUGCCGACCCACAGUUCGGAAAACAGUUGUCUUGUGGAAGUUUCUUGAAGAGCUUCUUGAUAAAGGUGAAGAAAACUGUGUGAGUUGGGUCUCAAAGGAAGAGGGAACUUUUAAAUUCGUCGACUCCAAAUUGGCUGCAAAACUCUGGGGCCAACGAAAGAACAAACGUAAUAUGACUUACGAAAAGCUGAGUCGGGCUUUACGAUAUUACUACGACCGACGAAUUAUGUUUCACGAAGAGGGACAGAAGCUUAUCUACAGGUUUGGAGAGGUUGUUAUGAAGAACAGAAGACCAAGCACUGAGGAAUCUUCUUCACCGAUUGUCAACGAAACAAUGUAAGCCUCUGCGGGGGUUAGAGACUUUGAUCACGGUUUGUUAAUCAUGUGAUCAUUUUUUAACUCGAAUUACGCGAAUUUUGGUAACGAUUGCAUCUUAUUGGCUAAUUUUUUCGUACGUGGAUGGGAGUUUCACGUCGAUAUUUUUGCUUUUUUAAAAUGCAAGAGGGAGACGAAAAGUAACAAGUUGAUUGUUUCAAAGAUUGAUUGAUUGAGAUUGAUAAUUAACUGACUGAAUGAAGGUUACAUGAUUCAAUAACUGAUUGGAUGGUUAAUUGAUUGAUUGAUUGAUUGAUUGAUGGGUUGAUUGAUGGAUGGAAGGAUUGAUGGUUUUGUCAUCUUACAAUUCUACACUUAAUGGGAAGGAAUAGAUCAUGGAAUUCCACAAUCCCCCAGAAAAUCUUCGAAUAGGAAAAACAGCAAAGCAUGACGUUUUCUAAAGAUUUUGAUAACUUUUUUCUGGUUUUCCGUUUAGCUCCCAUGACUGGCCAUAGCAUAAUUUCUCGAUGGUUGAAAGUUUAAUUGUUUGCCUCACAAAAUAAAAGUAAGGCUAGUCAAUCGUGUAUUGAUCGAGACUUUCUGAUGAGGCAAGUGUUGGGAAUAGAAAACAAAAUAUUAAUUAGGAGGUUAUCAGUUGAUCCAAUAGCAAUAUCUCUUAACUAACAUCAAAAGAAUUGUAUCGCAGGUACAAAGGAGAGAUUUUGCGGGUGAAAGAUGAAUUGAGAAUAGAUCGUCAAAGAUGGAGAAAAUUCGUCUGACUGUGAGCCACGAGCCUGAAAAACUUUAAGCCGCAUUUUUUUAACACACUCAAAAGUGCGAUGUAUAUCCCUUUAAAAAAUGAUUGAGCACAUGCAAGCCCCCCAUCCUUCCUAGUAUCUGAAAGUGUAACCGUAUUCGGGAAUAUUUCAAAUAAAUCGGGGUUGUUAUAAUAGAUAUUCCAAAAGGAAAAAUGAUUUAUUAGGUUUUAAACUCUUUGUAAUUUAAAUGAGUAUGUUUGAAAAAUUGAUCACUGAUCUACUUGAUAUGCAAGAUUUUUAUAUCAGAAGUAAACGAUAUUUGUUUCAAUUUUGUCAUGAAAACUUUUUGUAAAGUAAAUCCUUAAAUACAGAUAUGAUUCUGUGAUGACCUUACUGCUGUGCAGUAAUUUUUCAUCAAACCUCAAUGACACACGCAGGACGUGAUCAAACAUGUUUUUAACUAGUUAAAGAUUUUAUCUUAGUAAAUGCUUUCUUAGUGGUAAGCGCUGUAAUCGUUAAAGUAAUAAAAGUUUAGCAAAUGCACAUCA